CUACGCUGCCACUUUUCUCCACGUUUCCGAAGCCGCCGGCCGCCAAACACCCGCCCACGGCUCCGCGCUGCCUCUCCACAAACACAUGCUUGUGCGGUAAACUCUUUUUGCUCGAUCGUGCCCACCACACCUUUUCUGCCUUUCUUCUUUUUCUUCUUCUUUUCUCCUCCACGUGAAAGUUACAGGCAUUGGCCAUGUUAAGCUCAUUCCGUGCAUUGGGAUUGAGGAACACCGUCCGACGCAUUGCGACGCCCUCGAACAUCAUCAUGGCUCCCACCAAGCGACAGUCUAGCGGCCUCCCUGCAGGCUAUGUUGAAGACAAGUCCAAAGGCGCCAUGCUGCGCUUCCAAGAGUCUCUCCCUAAACUCCCCGUACCCACGCUCGAAGAGACUGCCUCCAGAUACCUCAAGACGCUCCGUCCUCUGCUGACUGAGGCCGAGUUUGAGAAGAGCAAGGCCGCUGUUGGCGACUUUGUCAAGCCUGGCGGCGCUGGCCACAAGCUGCAGGAAAAGCUGGUCGCAAAGGCCAAGGACCCCAACACUAAGAACUGGAUCUACGAGUGGUGGAACGACGCCGCCUACCUGUCUUACCGCGACCCCGUUGUCCCCUACGUCAGCUACUUCUACUCUCACCGCGAUGAUCGCCGCCGCCGCGACCCAUCCAAGCGCGCUGCCGCCAUCACCACUUCUGUUCUCGAAUUCAAGAAGCUAGUCGACGCUGGCGAGCUUGAGCCUGAGUACAUGAAGAAGCUCCCCAUCUGCAUGGACAGCUACAAGUGGAUGUUCAACUGCAGCCGUGUCGCCGCCCGUCCUGCCGACUACCCUAUCAAGUUCUCUCACGAGGAGAACAAGCACAUCAUUGUCAUCCGCAAGAACCAGUUCUUCAAGGUUCUCCACGAAGUCAACGGCACUCCCCUCAACGUCUCUGAGCUUGAGCAGCAGUUCCGCCGCGUCUACGAGCUCGCUCAGCAGGUCCCUGCUGUCGGUGCUCUCACUUCUGAGAACCGCGACAUCUGGAGUGAUGCUCGCGAACUCCUCAUCAAGGUCAGCCCCCAGAACAAGGCUUCGCUCGAGACCAUCGAGGCCGCCUCAUUCGUUGUCUGCCUUGACGACGCUUCUCCCGUCACUCUCGAGGAGCGCGCUCACCAGUACUGGCACGGCGACGGUCUCAACCGCUGGUACGAUAAGCCCCUUCAGUUCAUUGUCAACGACAACGGUACCUCUGGCUUCAUGGGCGAGCACUCCAUGAUGGACGGCACGCCUACCCACCGCCUCAACGACUACAUCAACGACCUCAUCUUCAACAACAAGAUUGACCUGUCCGCCACCUCUGUCCGAUCCAACCUCCCCGAGCCCCAGGUUGUCAAGUUCGAUGUUACUCCCGAUGUGCAGAAGGAGAUUGACCGUGCCAUCACUGAUUUCCGCACCGUCAUUGGCCAGCACCAACUUGCUGUCCAGGCUUUCCAGGGCUACGGAAAGGGUCUUAUCAAGAAGUUCAAGUGCUCUCCCGACGCCUACGUUCAGAUGAUCAUCCAGCUCGCCUACUUCAAGAUGUACGGCAAGAACCGACCUACCUACGAGUCCGCCGCUGUCCGUCGCUUCCAGCUUGGCCGUACUGAGACUUGCCGCACAGUGUCUGAGGACUCUACUGCUUGGUGCAAGUCGAUGAGCGAUGCUUCUGUUGACGAUAAGACUCGCAUUGAGCUUUUCCACACUGCUAUCAAGUCUCACAUUGAAUACAUCAGCUCUGCGUCCGACGGUAAGGGUGUCGACAGACAUCUUUUCGGUCUUAAGAAGCUGCUCCAGCCUGGCGAGGAGGUUCCUGCUAUCUACCAGGACCCUGCUUUCGGUUACUCUUCAUCUUGGUACAUUUCGUCUUCCCAGCUGAGCUCCGAGUUCUUCAACGGCUACGGAUGGAGCCAGGUUAUCGACGGCGGCUUUGGUAUUGCAUACAUGAUCAACGAGAACAGCAUCAACUUCAAUGUCGUCUCCAAGGGACUCGGCAGCGACCGCAUGAGCUACUACCUGAACGAAGCUGCUUCUGAGAUGCGCGACCUUCUCACCCCUACACUGGCCCCUCCCAAGGCCAAGCUGUAAAGAGCACAAAAAGUCGACCAACAGGGAAAUUUGGUGUGCGCAUUGGCUUAGCUAUAUGCGAUCGACGUAUUUAUAGAAUUUUAUUUUGUAGAGCGAUUUGACGGGAUGACGAAGGCUACAUAGACAAGGAGUCAUAUCAAGGUUGGCAGAUACCAUUGUAUUGCCAAUACCCCAAUGCGGAUUUUGUAUGCUAAGAAUAGGCACUGAUCGUCUCAGUACUCCUUGUGUAAAAGAAAUAGAAAGAAUUUGUGAUAUUACGUUUCUAGCAAGAGUGACUCUCUAAGUCCAGGCCCCCAAGGAGACAGGAGAGAUCGACAGAGGCGGCCAGCAAUGUGUACAUCCUUGCUUGUGGCACAAAAUGUGUUAGUUUGUAGGCGCGCUAUAUACAAAAAACUGGAACCAUACCCCAAAAGACAAUCAACCAGCGUGAGCAACAAUCUCGUUGACAAGAUCAUUCUUGUCAGGGUCGUAGUAUGAGCACAUCUGCGACGGCAAGGGGACCUCCUUGUAGUCCUCAUCAGGGCCAGAGAUGACGUUGAGGUUGAUGCCAUCAGAUUUGCUGUGGAAUAUCUUGGUGGUAGUGCUCUCCUUGCUGAAGUAGAUUUGCGCACCGUCAACCUGGUCCAUCAUGACGGUUGGAAUGGUGCCCAUGACUUGCAAGGCAAAGUUCUGUGCCUUUACUACAUCAACCGUUGAGACCAGAGAAUCCACAACUAGCGACAGUCGAGACGAGUUUUCGAUAGUGACUUGGUUGGCCUUGCCCUUGACGAUGAUCGUAGUGUUGUUGCAGCGGCUGAUGAGAAUAGAAUGAGACAAAGAGGCUUCGAUCUCAAUUGGUACGGCUUCCUUCUCAAAGUUUUCCUAGUUUCUCAUUAGUGGUAAGUACAAUCUAAACCUCGAGGAAACCUACGAUUGUCCACUUGUUUCCUUCAAGCUCUUUCUUGGAGGGUUUCUUAACUCUCAUACUCUCUGGCUUGGGUUUCUUGCCAGGGGCAGGACUUUUUGGUCGUGCGGAGUCAGAAACGGUCGCUGCUGCUCGCAGUGAAGGGUUCUUGUGAGUCAUUUCAGACUUGUCGACCUUGCGUAGACCCUUCGUAACAGAUUCUCCCUUGUUGAGUUCUGAAAAGACUGCACCAAGUCCGCCAGCGGCUGAAGGAGCAGCCGCAGGAGCACUCUCUGUCUUGAUAUCCAGCACCGGGGGAGGACCAGGAGGAGGAGGAGGGGGUGGAGGAGGACCUCCGGCAGCAGGAGCAGCGGGAGGUGCGUUAGUAGAAGAUGCAGCCAACGCCUUGGCCACUGCACUGGCUGAGUCUCCUUUAGGGUUCCAUUGUAUACCGUUGGGAUAAUGCUGCUUCACAAGAUCGCGCAGGUCCUUGAAGAUGGCGUAGAAUGAUUGAAUCCAUUCGACCUGCUUAGGGUCCCUAUAGCACGAUUGUUUAGUAAAUAGAUAAUAGGCAGAUAAAGGUGGAAGCUAAUGCAUACUUAUCCUUGUAUUCCUUGAUAACUCGGUUGCCGAAGAACUGAGCAGAGCUCAAGAAUUCCUCGACGUGAGUAAAGGGUCGGUGGGCGACAGUAACCCAAGCAAGAACCAUAAUGCCGUCACCGACAGCGCUAAGCUGAGUAUACAUGGGAUCUCCUCGGUUGGAUUCCUUUAUGUCUGUGACGGCCAUUAGAGACUCGUUAAUGGGUUUGAGCAAAUCUUGGUAAACUGCCAUCUCGGCACCGGAGAGAUCCGG